CGGGGCAGGUCGCUGCGUGCGGUGUUUGCUGGAGUCGCUGCGAUGUCUGGGCGCGGGAAGCAGGGCGGGAAGGCGCGGGCCAAGGCCAAGUCGCGCUCGUCGCGGGCCGGGCUGCAGUUCCCCGUGGGCCGCGUGCACCGGCUGCUGCGCAAGGGCAACUACGCGGAGCGGGUGGGCGCCGGCGCCCCGGUGUACCUGGCGGCCGUGCUGGAGUACCUGACGGCCGAGAUCCUGGAGCUGGCGGGCAACGCGGCCCGCGACAACAAGAAGACGCGCAUCAUCCCCCGCCACCUGCAGCUGGCCAUCCGCAACGACGAGGAGCUCAACAAGCUGCUGGGCAAGGUCACCAUCGCGCAGGGCGGGGUGCUGCCCAACAUCCAGGCCGUGCUGCUGCCCAAGAAGACCGACAGCCACAAGGCCAAGGCCAAGUGAACAUAUUUAUAAUACAUUUGGAAACAUCCACAAAAGGCUCUUUUCAGAGCCACCCACAAAAUUCACAAAGAGUUGAGUCAUGCUUUGUAGUUCUGGUUUUUCUAAUGAAUGGUGAUGCAAAUGUGUAAAUUGUUUCUUGUUAGUGUUUCUCUUACCUCUACCUGCCUGUCUGGGUGGUAAUAGUUACUUUUGUGACUUUUUUUUUUUUUAUGUUGGGUGGGGUGGGAGAACAGAUCUUUCAUGGUGUUUUGUUUGUUUUUUUGUUUUUGAUGUAUGUCUCACCAAAUGUACUUGGUGUUGCUGUAAAGUCUCAUUAUAGCUGCAACUACAGGGUAAUACAUUAAAUCGCUGCAUUUUUCUUUAUUA